AUGAGCACAGCGGUUCGUACUUAUUUUUCUGGUCGAAGAGUACGAUACAUAGACAACCAGUUCAACCUGGAUCUAACGUACAUUACUGACAAAAUUAUAGCUAUGGGCUAUCCUUCAAGGAGUCUGGAAAGUCUGUACCGUAACAAUAUAGCUGAUGUUGCAAAAUUACUAGAUAAGAAACAUGGGAAGCACUACCUGAUUUUCAAUCUUAGCUGCCGUCAAUAUGACUAUACUCCAUUUGGAAACCGUGUGAUUGAUUGCGGUUGGGCGGAUCACCACUCGCCCCCAGUCGCUCUAAUGUGGGCCAUCUACGCGUUUAUCGAUUUAUGGAUCGCAGUAGACAGCCAGAACGUGAUCGCAGCGCAUUGCCUAGCUGGAAAGGGCCGCACGGGAAUCGUCAUCUGCUGCACUCUGCUGAUGCAGGGCGCGUUCACGAAGCUGCAGGCGAAGACGACCACGGAGUACGUGAAUGCCGCGGUGAACUAUUUCCGCGAAAAACGCGGGGACGGCGUGGAAAACCCCGACCAGAUCAAGUUCAUCCGUGACUUUCUGGUGAGCUCGGACACGAUCGGCGCGGACAACAAGCUGCAGUUCGACGCGAAGCUGCAGCCGUCGCUGUUCCUGGGGAGUUUGAUUCUGUACAACGUGCCGGUGGGGAAGGGCGCGGCGGUGGAGCUGAGUCUGGUGGUGUAUCUGAAGUGCCGCAGCGACUGGAACGUGGUGUACAACUCGGCGUGGAGCUACUCGCCGCUGCCGUGCUACGACGCGUACCAGUCGGAGAUCAUCAUCGACGUACGCUCGAGGGCGGCGCUGGAGCGUAGAUCAACGUGCCCGCGCGCGGCGAUCUGCUGUUCAUGCUGA